GCGAGCGCACCCGGUGCUUCCCCGUCGCCCAACGCAGAGCGAAGCGCGCCGCUUCGGGGAGGCGUCAACGGCCCACCUCACCGACCUUCGAGGGGGGAGAUAUCGCCGCAAGCACAAGUAAGCGCCAUUUCUCCAGCCGCGCACCUUCCCGCCAUGGCCGCCAGCAGGAUCCUCUUGGCGUGCUGCCUGCUAGCGCUUGCCCCGCACGUGGCGGUCGCGGCGCGCCACCGCCGUGGCGCGGGCCGCGAGAACGCUACGCUCGGGCUCGCCGGCGGCUGGGAGCCGGAGCCGUGCGGGGAGUUGCCAGAGGGCGUGCCGUGCCGCGCGCUGUACGAGCACCCAGCGGGCUCCGAGUUCGUCGGCCCGUGUCCGGUCGCCACGGGUCCAGAACCAAGGCCCCCAGUCCAGCGGUCACAGCACCUAAGACCGACAAGUGCCCGCAGAUCUCCUGCCCUCGGGGCGCUGGGCGUAACCUUCAAGCUGAUCUGUGGGGGCGGGUGCUGCCCGACCUGCUGGGCCCCGGACCACGUCGUCGCCAUGGACCGGCACACCACCAUCGAGAGCCCCUACGUCGUGGAGACUGCCCCGCAGGCGCCCAGCCACUGCGGAGGCGCGAAGUGCUUCAAGCUGAUCUGUGCGCAGGGCUUCACCGAGGGGCACGUGGAGGGCGACUGCUGCUACUCUUGCGUGCCUGGCCGCUGAGUGCGCACACCAUGGCCCACACGCGUUUGGACGAUGAGAUCAUCUCACCAGCAUCGUCUCACGCGUCGUCUCAGCGAAGGCUUCAUCUUCCUCCUACCAGUGCCGGCGCCAAGUUUCAGCUAGUCUCGGCUUCAUCUUCUUCCUACCAUUCAAGGUUUACCAUCGUCAGCACCAUCAGAACCUACAAGAGAGUGAUGCGUUCCAGCAGCUCCACAUGGGGCCACGCAGCAGGUUGGCACAGAGAGAGAGAGAGAGAGACCGCGCGCCCCGCAGGCACCUCUCGCCCCAAACGUGGCAGGCGCGGGAGGCCGUGACUUGUGGCAAGCCCCAGUGGGACCAGCUGAAAACGAUUACAGAAAGGCGUGCAAACGGAUGGUGUUCGAGAUUCACUCAUAUUCCCUAGCGGUAACUAGCGGACAGCAUGGCCAGGUUCACUUCGCAUCAGCAAGAGGGCAAUGCCGAGUAAUAUCCGUACCCAUCCGUGCUGCGAAGUCCGUGCGCGGAAUCUUGUUUCAAGGGCGUGGCAGGCGCGGGGUGCAGUGCACUCUGGUCGGUCGUUGUGGGACUGCUCGGUGGAUGUAUGGGCCAACCCACCGGGCAGCGUAGACACUGUCAAUCGCGUCGUUCGAGCUUCCGAAGCGCCAUCUGGGGGGA